AUGGCCCCGUCGAUUCCAGUUUCCACUCAAGGUGGAAUGUUCCAUACCUUUCAGGGAGUAACGCCGCAAAAACAAACGUCCGAUAGCCAGGAAAGCGGAAAAUCCGCCGGCUCCAACACUUCCAAGAGAAUCACCACACCUCAUGCGUGUGCUGAAUGCAAAAGACGAAAGAUCCGCUGUGAUGGCCAACAGCCGUGCGGUCAGUGUCUUUCAAGCCGGGCCCCCAAGCGCUGCUUUUACGACAAACACCGACAGCGCGUCAUCCCUUCAAGAAAGACCCUCGAAGCCCUGUCACAGUCCCUUGAGGAAUGCCGGUCCAUCUUGAAACGGCUGUUUCCUAACCAAGACAUUCAAUCGCUGCUCCCGCUCUGCCGCCAGGACCUUCUUAGUCUGCUUGAACGCCCUGUACUUGUUACGGCGACUGCGCUUCCAUCACCGCCUCUGAACAAUUCCCCUCUCUCACAAGAGCUGGAAUCUCCUGUUUGCUCCGGCUCCGAGCGAGGCUUCUCCAGCCUCGAGUUGAUGCCCGGCCGAGAUACUGAGUGGGACGAAGAGCGCCGCGCACGCGACCCCAUCCCCAUCGAGGCCGAUGACGUGAAUGCGCUUUCGCUAUCUGUGGACCGGCAAUCGUCAUAUCUUGGCGCCUCUUCGAUAAAAGCAGCACUGAUGUGCCUGAUGAAGGUGCAGCCUGCACUCCGAAACUCGCUCACCACGCCGCUCCACAGCGCCGAAGUCAUGCAUAACUUCCCAAGUUUGCGUCAGAAGAGCGCGGUAACCAAGGAUACGCAGCGCGUUCCCUGGUCGUGGAAAGGCCAGACGCUGAUCGAUGCCUACUUCAAGCGCAUCCAUGUAUUCGUCCCCAUGCUCGACGAGGCCGCCUUUCGUGCCGAUUAUUUGGAAGGCCAACGAUUUGACGGCCCUUGGCUCGCUCUUCUGAAUAUGAUAUUCGCCAUGGGCAGUAUCGUGGCCAUGAAGUCAGAUGACUACAACCACAUCAACUACUACAACAGGGCCAUGGAAUAUCUGCCAAUUGACGCUUUUGGCAGUAGUCACAUUGAAAUGGUUCAGGCUUUGGCACUGAUUGGGGGCUACUAUCUCCACUACAUCAACAGGCCGAACAUGGCCAAUGCUGUUCUCGGUGCUGCCAUCAGGAUGGCUAGCGCCCUUGGACUUCACCGAGAGAGCCUAGCUCAAGGUUCAAGUGACGUGGUCGCCGCCGAGACCCGUCGCCGUACUUGGUGGAGUCUGUUCUGCCUCGACACUUGGGCAACAACAACAAUGGGGCGACCCUCGUUUGGUCGAUGGGGCCCUGCAAUCAACAUCAGGCCGCCCGAGUUCGGCGUCAACCAGACCCGAGACUCUUCUCAGCACGCGGGCAUCUUGCCACUGAUUGAGAACAUCAAAUUCUGCAAGAUUGCCACCCAGAUCCAAGACAUGCUGGCGAUUUCGCCCCUUCUGCGUACAGAGGAUCGUUGCAACCUUGACGGUCAGCUGGUCAACUGGUACAGCAGCCUCCCAUGGCUCCUCAGGACGACCGACCCCUGCGCUGAGCCUCUGUACAUUGCGAGGUGCGUCAUGAAGUGGCGAUAUCAGAACCUACGAAUGCUGCUCAACCGGCCGGUUCUCCUCAGCUUGGCUAGCAACGGCUCCCUCUCACAGGUUGGAGAGCAAGAUAUUACGGCCAUCGAGACGUGUCGCGAAAUUGCCAAGCACACCAUUGAGGACAUUGCAAGGGAAUGGACUCGCAACCAAAUGUCGGGAUGGAACGCUGUGUGGUUUCUCUACCAGGCUGCCAUGAUCCCUCUGGUCAGUGUGUUCUGGGAGUGGAACAGUCCACGUGUUCCCGACUGGCACCAGCAGAUCGAGACAAUCAUUGAUCUGCUAGAGGCUAUGGAAGACUGGUCAUUGGCAGCGAAACGUAGCCGAGAAGUAGUGUGGCGAAUGUAUGAAGCCUCUCGACAGCCAUCCGUGCGGUCAGAGAGUCCUCUGCAAGGGAUGAGCAGCGAUCAAGGCUUAUUGUUGGCGGAAUCAGAACUGCACAUGUCACCCAUUGGCCUGGAGCCGGAAGGGAUGGGCAUGAUGGGCAUGCUUGAUCAGCAUGGUCUAUGGGAUCUGGACGGCAUGUAUUGGGGCCAAAGCCCCGACCAGAGUGUGGACUUUACCCCCUACACCGUCAACGAGCAAAUGAUGCACAUGGACUAUGGUAUGAUGGGCAGUCAGACUGCAACAAUAGGGGGUGACUUCUUCAUCCACUAG